CAUUAUCAGCGAGAUUUCGGGAGGUUCGCGGAUGUUCUGGAACUUAUCAAACCUCAAACCGAUUGCUUUAAACCGGUGACGCUAAUAAUCGUUCUCUGAGAGAAAUUUGAGUCAAAUUGAGUUAAUUUUGUAUCAAAAUCAAAGAUGUAUCGAGUACCAACUGUAAUGCGCUCCCUUGCUCUUCGCAAAGUGCAGCAAAUGAACCAGAUCCAAAGAUGGUACGCAAAAGACGUCAGAUUUGGGCCAGAAGUUCGAGCCCUGAUGCUUCAGGGCGUCGACAUUUUAGCUGAUGCUGUUGCUGUUACCAUGGGCCCAAAGGGUCGUAAUGUUAUCAUUGAACAAUCAUGGGGAUCACCAAAAAUUACAAAAGAUGGUGUAACAGUUGCCAAAGGUGUAGAAUUAAAAGACAAAUUUCAAAACAUUGGUGCCAGACUAGUGCAAGAUGUAGCCAAUAAUACCAAUGAAGAAGCCGGAGACGGAACUACAACGGCCACCGUUCUAGCUAGAUCAAUAGCUAAAGAAGGAUUUGACAAUCUUGGACGGGGAGCUAAUCCCGUUGAGAUUAGAAAGGGCAUCAUAUUGGCAGUGGAAAAGAUUACUGAAACUCUCAAGACUCUAUCGAAGCCCGUUACCAGUCCAGAGGAGAUUUGCCAAGUUGCGACGAUUUCGGCUAACGGCGAUACAUCGGUUGGUAAUCUUAUUGCUGAUGCUAUGAAGAGAGUAGGAAAGGAAGGAGUCAUCACUGUAAAAGAUGGGAAAACCUUGAAAGAUGAACUGGAGGUGAUCGAAGGGAUGAAAUUCGAUAGGGGAUAUAUUUCUCCAUACUUUGUGAACACCACCAAGGGCGCUAAAGUAGAAUACCAAGAUGCGUUAGUCCUGUUCAGCGAAAAGAAAAUCUCGUCAGUCCAGAGCAUUGUGCCAGCUUUGGAGUUGGCCAACGCACAAAGGAAGCCUCUAAUUAUUAUUGCUGAAGAUGUAGAUGGUGAAGCGUUAACUACUUUGGUUGUGAACAGGCUUCGCAUUGGACUUCAAGUAGCAGCGGUCAAAGCACCAGGAUUUGGUGAUAACCGCAAAUCUACUCUUCAUGAUAUGGCCAUUGCCAGCGGAGGAAUUGUGUUUGGCGAUGAUGCCGAUAUUGUCAAGUUGGAAGAUGUUAAAGCUUCAGACUUGGGUCAAGUUGGCGAAAUUGUUAUCACCAAAGACGAUACCUUGCUAUUGAAAGGAAAAGGCAAAAAGGAAGAUAUUGAUAGACGUGCUGACCAGAUAAGAGACCAAAUUGACACAACAACCUCCGAAUAUGAAAAGGAAAAAUUGCAAGAAAGACUGGCUCGUCUUGCAUCUGGUGUUGCCGUUUUGAAAGUUGGAGGAAGCAGUGAAGUAGAAGUAAACGAAAAGAAGGACAGAGUCACUGAUGCUUUAAAUGCUACUCGCGCUGCUGUAGAGGAAGGAAUCGUUCCCGGAGGUGGCACUGCUUUAUUAAGAUGUGCAUCCAGUUUAGAUUCAGUUAAAGCCGCAAACAAGGACCAGGAAAUUGGUAUUGAAAUCGUAAAACGGUCUUUGAGAAUCCCAUGCAUGACCAUCGCUAAAAAUGCUGGUGUUGAUGGAGCUGCUGUUGUGGCAAAAGUGGAACAGCAUACCGGUGACUAUGGCUAUGAUGCAUUGAACAAUGAAUACGUAAAUAUGUUUGAAAGGGGCAUUAUCGACCCUACCAAAGUUGUUAGGACAGCUUUGGUAGAUGCUUCCGGUGUAGCUUCUCUUCUAACAACGGCCGAAGCUGUAAUCACAGAAAUACCAAAAGAAGAACCAGCUGUUCCAGGCGGCGGAAUGGGCGGCAUGGGUGGUAUGGGCGGAAUGGGAGGUAUGAUGUAGACACAUGGUUACGAAUUAAUUUACGUUUAACCAAAUUACGGUCUUUCCAAAAAAGACUUACUGUGUGAUUGUGAUCUGUCAAAACGAUUGUUUUAAAUAUUUUGGCAGAAAAUUAUGUAGUGCUAAAUCUGAAAGUCCGAAUGUUCUUACAUGGCAACUUGUAGUGCGAACGCGUGUGUAAUUUUGUUUUUGAGUUAAAAAUUGUUUCCUACAUACAAUGAACUGAGACUGCAGCAUAUUAGCUAAAACCGGAGAAACAAUUCAUCAGUCAGUUAAUAGCCAUAUCGAUCUGAUUUGCAUUUAACUGUUUCGUGUUGUGUAAAUGUAGGUUUUCCAUUUUUUAAGAUUCCUUGAAAUGUAAAUUGUUAAAUAUAUUGUUAUAAUUUUUUAGAA